UCUGAAACUUUGGGUUCUGGUAGUCCUUGAUGUGUAGAACAAAAGACUCAAUGGGCGCAUAGCUCCAAACAAUCAUGGUUUUAAGAUAUAAGCCUCUGAAGUUAUGGGUACAGUGAGGACGUUUGAGUUGGAAUAAAUUCAUUUUCUCCAGAAUGGGUGACUCUGGAGAUAAAUUACAAAUCAGGUAUGUCUACUGCCCAAGUACAGAUGUUAAAUCCCCCGGCCGUGAAAACGGGCCAUAAGAAUCCAGUAAAACCUCCCAAUCCCAGUAAUCAAAACAAACGAAAAAACAAGCAUGACAGAAGCAGCAGAAAGAGGUCGAAGAGUUUUUCUGGGUGCGGCAUUAUCAUCAACCAGAAGCCUGUUUUACCUUCAAAAUUUUUACUUGGAGGAAAUAUUAAGGAUCCCCUUAAUUUGAACAGCCUACAAGAUGAGGAAAUAAACAGAGCCAUGAAUGCUGUAACACCAAAAUCGUCGCCGGUUCCCACUCCACCCAGGAAGAAGGGCCAACUCGAAGUGAUAAUCCCAAAAAAUAUUCAUGACCCUUUGAAUCUCAUAGACUGUGAUGACGAUGCUGAAUAUGAACAACAAUUAUGCUCGCCGAUUAAAAAGUCUAAGAAAAAGCGUUUGAAAAAACGUCGUACUAUGUCCGGUACCAUGGAUGUGUCUGACGUUACAGCUGACAUUAGUUCAACAACAGAAGCGAAAACACCAGAAUCCUCAGCAGAUUCUGCCAAAAUACCUGAAAUACCUGAGCCUGAAGAACAGGUGAUGCCAAGUCUCGAAGUCCCAUCUAUAUCUAACCCUAACCCAGAUGUACCUGUAGAUAUACCAAUUUCUGAUCCAUGUGUUGGUACUUCAACUAUGUUUUCUACCAUAGUACCCGCGCCAAUAAAGAAAGACAAAAGUAAGCGCAAGUCAGACGAUGGUCAUCACCUUGUGAAAAAAUUUAAAAAUAAUUCGAUGGAUAAGAUUGUGAGUCCGGUAGUACCUCAGCCUGGUGCAUGGUUAAAAAGAAGUAAUUCCAUUAACAAAUGGACUAAGCUGCGACAACAUCCUAAACUGCAGGGUACUGCGUUGCCACAAUUUAAGGAAAAGGAUAAGCAGUUUCAGUACGGAAACUACAACAGAUACUAUGGCUACAGAAAUCCUCAUAAUGAAACAGACCACAGACUGAGAGUUUUCUCCCACCAUCCAUAUCUUUUUGAAAACAAAGACAUUUUAGAUAUUGGCUGUAACAUAGGUCAUGUUACGCUUUCUGUAGCAAGAGAUUUUGGAGCUAAAUCGAUUGUAGGUAUAGACAUUGAUCAGAAAUUGAUUUCCAUUGCGAGAAAAAACGUAAAACAUUACGUCAAAAAGGAGGAUCCAAUACCGUCACCGAUAAGAAUUGGGGAGGGGCAGUCAGACGAGAACAAAAUAAAAAGUAGUGAGUUUUUUCCUAUUAGUAUGCCUAUAUUAUACGGAGCUAUUGACGUUCCAGGAUUUACGGACACACACAAUCGGAGCAGAGGGUUCCCCAAUAAUGUCACUUUUAAACAGUGUAAUUAUAUUCUGGAAGACGACAACCUCUUAGCUCUGGAGCAACCGCAGUUUGAUGUAAUCAUGUGUCUAAGUGUUACGAAGUGGUUUCAUUUGAACUGGGGAGAUGCUGGUUUAAAACAAGCCUACAGAAGAAUGUACGCGCAACUUAGGCCAGGAGGAAAACUCGUACUGGAACCACAGAACUGGGCUAGCUACAAAGGCAAGAAAAAGUUAACGGAAACAAUCUUCAAAAACUAUAACUCCAUCGAAUUUUUCCCAGAAAAGUUCAGGGAAUAUCUUUUGUCACCAGCUGUUGGAUUUGCUAAAGGCGAGAUUUUGGGCUAUCCUUUCCAUAAUGCCAAGGGUUUCCGAAGACCGAUUCAAGUUUUUACUAAAAGUACGAUGUUUCCUAGCGAGAGAGUGGAAGCUACACCAAAUAAUAUUACGCCAAGUAUUGUAGGUGCCUCGUCAGAUUCGUACAGGUUAAAAACAGAAAAAUAUGAAAACCCAAAUCAAGGCCCUUGCAUCGAACACGUCUAUACAGAUAUUUUUGACGGUAGAUACUGCGGUUGUACCGACGAUAAUCAAGACAUUAAUGAUAGGCUCGGUGAAGAUUUAAAAAAGAGUCAACAACCCGUGGCGAUGACUAGUGAAAGGACUAUAACGAGUGAGGAGGAUUAUCCGCGAGAAAGUCCUUGUUAUGCCCCUGUUGAUGUCGAUAGCGAGAAAAGUGAAAGUCAAGAAGUGUGGCCGGACAACACUUAAUACAAUAAUAACGAUUUUUUAUGAUUACAAAAUUUGUAAAUAAUGUCGAUAUUUUUUUAUUUUUGAAUUGAAAUUCUACGCUUUUUGUAUAUAUGUAUAUGCAUAACAAAAAUCCGACUUAGUUGGUAUGAAUUACAAUUUUUUUCUAAAAGAA